AUGAAAACCAUUCUCAGCAACCAGAUGGUCGACAUUCCCCAGAACGUCGACAUCACCCUGAAGGGAUGCACCGUCAUCAUGAAGGGCCCCCGAGGAACCCUGCGGAGGGACUUCAACCACAUCAAUGUUGAGCUCAGCCUCCUUGUGAAGAAGAAGAGGCUGCGGGUUGACAAAUGGUGGGGAAACAGAAAGGAGCUGGCGACCAUUCGCACUAUCUGUAGUCACGUCCAGAACAUGAUCAAGGGUGUUACCUUGGGCUUCCACUACAAGAUGAGGUCUGUGUAUGCUCAUUUCCCCAUCAACGUCGUUAUUCAGGAGAAUGGGUCUCUUGUUGAAAUCCGAAAUUUCUUGGGUGAAAAAUACAUCUGGAGGGUUCGAAUGAGACCAGGUGUUGCUUGUUCAGUAUCUCAAGCCCAGAAAGAUGAUGGGUUGAUCCUUGAAGGCGAUGAUAUUGAACUUGUUUCAAAUUCAGCUGCUUUGAUACAGCAAGCCACGACAGUUAAAAAUAAGGACAUAAGAAAAUUCUUGGAUGUUAUCUAUGUCUCUGAGAAGGGUACAGUUUAGCAGGCUGAUGAGUAAGACCUAAGAUUUUCGCAACUGCAGUAACAAGCCGGAUAAUUUCUAAGGCCUUCAUAUGACAUUUUAAAGAUAAUAAAAGACAACAAUUGAUUUGAAACUUUCUUAAACUGAUUAUCCUUUUCCAACUACUUGGCAAGUAAGCAACUAAGGAAUAAAGAAUUACUCCU